GCUGCAAGAUAACAACCUUUCAAAGUAUUUUGUAGAUAAAAAGGUAUUAAUAACCGAUAUUUAAAUAUUAAUAAUUUUUUUUAUUCUUGACUAUCGAUAAGCUUUUUUGGAAAUAAACGUACGCAUAACAGACGUUUUCCAGCACUCACAGCUGUGCGAACGCAUUUAUCUGUCCCUGGAAAAUCGCACUAUUUUCCCGUUUACUCGCAUUUUCCCGACUACGCAUCUUAACAAGCGAAAAAACAGAAAACUCCUGUGCAGAGACAUGUCCAGUAGCGAGGCGCCGGACGCGCUGGUGGACCAGGUGGUUGAGGUGACCGCCUGCACGGCGGAGGAGGCCAAACAUUAUCUGGGAGCCUGUGCCAACGAUGUUUCCGCCGCCGUGGCUCUGUUCUUCGAACAAGGAGGCGCCGCCGGACAAGCUGCCUCCACUUCCUCGGCUGCAGCAGGCACAGCCACAUCGCUUCCUCUGCUGGACGACGAGGAGGAGGUGAGGGCGCCCAUUGCCCCUGUGAGGGAGCAACUGAUCCUGCCCGAGGACGACAACUUUUUUGCGUCGGGCAGCAGCAGUCGGCUAUCACGAGUCAGCCAGCGAGUUAAGGUCUAUCCCCUGAGGGACUUUGCCCGCGAGGGAGCUCUGAUGGAGGAGCAACUGCAAGCCACCGGCGUCUAUGCCGACCCCAAUGCCCAUCGUAUGCGCCGUGGACGAGCCGCCCAAAUGGUGGUGGCCGGCCAGGCCAUGGCACUCAACAGUCGGUCCACGACGGGAACGGCCACCAGCACAUCCCGCCUCGGAGACCUGUUUCGCCCGCCCACAGACAUCCUGUACUCCGGAUCGCUAAGUGCCGCUAGGGAGUUUGCCACCAAACGGCAGCGUUGGCUGCUGGUCAAUGUGCAGGACGACAACUUCCAGUCCCAGACCCUAAACCGUGAUGUCUGGUCUGAUAAAGAGCUGAAAAAACUGAUACGGCGCCAGUUCACCUUCUGGCAAGUGGAUAACGACACCUCGGAAGGUCGGCGCUUCGUGGCCUUCUACCAUUGCGCCACACUACCUUACCUGUGCGUCAUCGAUCCGCGCACAGGCGAGGAAGUGUGGCGCAGUGUGGAGCCGAAGCUGGAGAAUAUCCUACCCGAUUUGAGGCAGUUUUUGAAGGAUCACCGCGAUUUUAUACAGGAGGAUGCACCCAGCACCUCUAAGCGGUCGGUUACUUACAUCGACGAUGACGAGGAGGUGGACCCGGAGGCCUCGUGCUCCUCGACGGCCAGCUCUAAGGGAACUCCCAAGAAGCGGGCCAAAAUUCUAGAGCUCACAGAGGAAGAGCAGCUAGAGUUGGCGAUCAAGAAUUCCAUUAACGAAAACGGAGGUGCAGGCGCGCAGAAAGAGGAUAAUACCGAGGGAGCCAGCGAUAAUGAGAGUCUGGAGGAGUUCGAUGAUGACGAGCUCAAAGGUGUGGCAGCCGCUUCCUAUGAGAAUCACUUGGGCGAGGCCAAGAGUGAACUGACUGCCUUGAAGCUGCGCCUGCUUAACGCCGCCGGAAGCGAUGAGAUGGUUCAGUUGCGCUGGCCAUCGGACACCAAACUGCAGACUUUGCGGCUGUACAUCAGACAAACGCACAAGCACAUCCCUCAGGAGGGCUAUAAGCUCAUCUGCGCCUUCCCGCGCAAAUCCCUCGAGGCGGAGCACAAUGGCAGCUCCCUAAAGGAACUCGGCCUGCAUCCGUCGGCCAAUUUGCAUCUCACUCUGGACGACUAAGAGGUCAAUAGGCCAAAGGUUGUCAAGCGGUAAACGUUUUCACGUGUAUGUUUAUUUAUUUGAAAGUUUUGUCAUCCCAAAAACCCAUUAUCGUCCCAAGUAAAAAAAAACUCCAUAUGAAAUAAAAUUUUGUCUUUAAAUCUAAGUGAAAAAUAUUGAAUAAAAUCAACUAGAAAUGCUACUGUCAAGGCUCUUAAA